AUGUGCAGUGUGGCCCGGCGCAUGGACGAGAAUGGGCUUUUCACUCUGCUGGGGCUGUGUGUGGGGCUGGUGGCCAGCAACCAAGACUUCAUGCUAAAGGGGUUCAACUUUACCAAGUUUUCAGGUGUCUGGUAUGAGAUUGCAUUCACCUCCAUGAUGGAUGUGUACGACUCACCCCACAAAGUGGAGAAGAUGGGGGGUAUGGUGGUUAAGAUAGAAGGGGACCUCUUGGCUCUGACCAUCACCUAUUACAAUGGGAGCCACUGUGUGCUGGAGAAGGUUACAGCCUCUCAGGGGGAGUUCCCUGAGAAGUUCAAGGUCAUUACAGCAGCUGGAAACAAAGACGUAGUCAUUGUGGACACUGACUACAAGACGUACACCAUCAUGGACAUCACUUUUCUCGUCUCGGGGGUGGUUCAGAAGGCCAUGAAACUUUACACCCGGAAACUGUAUAGAAACGAGGAAGUUCUGAAAAAGUUCCAUAAGGUGGCCUUGGAGCAUGGCUAUUCCAUGUCAGACAUACAACAGCCCAAGGAUGACUGGUGA